AUGGUGCAGCUCACGCCGGGCCAGUCGGGGGUGUUUGGAGGAGUUAUGGGUGCGAGAGGAGUACAGACUGGUGCGCAAGUCUAUGCUAGUGUAUAUUCAGGAAUUCCUGUUUUCGAGGCGAUGAUACGCGGGAUCUCGGUCAUGCGUCGAUCGUCAGACUCUUGGGUCAAUGCCACGCAGAUUCUGAAGGUCGCAGGUAUCCCCAAGUCCCAAAGGACAAAGAUCUUGGAGAAGGAGAUUAUGGUCGGUCUGCACGACAAGGUGCAGGGCGGGUACGGAAAGUAUCAGGGAACAUGGAUCCCAUUCCAACGCGGCCAAGAUCUCGCACAGCAGUACGGCGUCACCUCAUACCUCGCCCCCAUCUUUGACUUUAUCCCCUCCCCCAGCAAUAUUGCUGCUCUCCCCGUCGCUCGCGGCGGUACGCCCGACACUGGCAACCAAAAGACACCCGGCGCGGCCGCCGGCUACAACGCCAUGAUGUCAAGCCAUACACCUCGUACAGCUGCGAUGGGCGGUCCUCAGUCCGCAGGCGGUACUGGCGGACCCGGACGCGUCUACUCGCCUCUGCACCAAUCGGAACUUCCCCCUCCUCCACCACCGCAAUUCGGCGGGCCCAUGCAAAACGCGGACAUGAUUAUGGCGGGCCAGCACCAACAGCACCAAAUGUACCAGCCCAUGUACUUUGCUCCGCCGGGUAUGAUGCCUGGCGGUCCGCAGCGGGGCCCGGACGGACUCGGACCUCCCCUCGACGUCAACGACUCGGACGACGAGAUGGGAGACAAGCCUCCACUGCCGUCGUCGAUGCGGCUGUGCACCAAGCCUACUCGGCCAAAGCCGUCUCCUGCUGCCGGCCGGUCAAGGGCAAAGCUGCUCGAGCUUUUCCAAGCUACCGAGGGCGUCAAUGUGCGGGCUUUCCUCGGCCUACCACCGGCGACGAAUGGUACGGACGGAGAAGACGCAGAUGCCGAGGCGGAACCGGUCGACAUCGGGAUUGACAUCGAUACUGUCAUUGACGAGCAGGGGCAUACUGCUCUGCACUGGGCCGCCUCACUCGCGCUCACCGAUCUCGUCCGGCAGCUGGUCGAGCUCGGCGCGGAUAUCCACCGGGGCAACUAUGCGGGCGAAACAGCACUUAUGCGCUCGGUCCUCACCACCAACCAGGCCGAGGCCAAUACAUUCUCCGAGCUCUUACAAUCUCUCGCGCCAAGUAUCCGCACACUCGACCACGCGUACCGUACCGUCAUACAUCACAUCGCGCUCGUAGCUGGCAUCAAGGGCCGAGCGGGGAGUGCGAGACAAUACCUCAUUGGUGUGCUGGGCUGGGUCGCCAAGGAGCAGCAAUCGGCCGCGGCAGCUUCGGCCUCAGGGUCGAACGCGUCCGAAAGCGGUCUCGGCAGUGGUGCCAAGUCCGGACUGAGCAUGAAGACGCUGGUGGACGUGCAGGACGUGCAUGGGGAUACGGCGCUGAACGUCGCGGCGAGAGUGGGGAACAGAGGAUUGGUGGGGCUGUUGGUCGAAGCUGGGGCGGACAAGGCGCGGGCAAACAAGCUGGGGUUGAAGCCGGCCGACUUUGGCGUGGAGACAGAUAUGUUGCAGGUAUCCGCGGGUGAAGCUGUCGUUGCGACACUAAAGUCUGAGGUGAACCGGCCGGAACGGCACAGCCGCGAUGUCCAAAAAAACAUCGGCGCAAUCUUCGAGACUGUCAACGAGACCUUCACGACCGAGAUGCUCGCCAAGCAGACCAAACUAAACGCCAUCGAAGCUUCGGUCCGACACGCCACUCGCGCCCUCGCGGACAAGCGUCAACAGGUUCAACGUGCCCAAGCCGCCCUCAGCGUCCUCGAGCAGACUCAGCAACAAUGUCAAAACGUCCAAAACCUGUUAUCAAGCGUGUCGGAGCUGGACUGGAUGGGGCGAGCGCCUCUCGCGAGCGAAGUAGCGGGUGGGGCUUCGAGUGGCACGGGGGAGGAGAUUGCUCUGCCAAACAGAGGAGAGGAGGGUGCGCUGGUGCAGCUGAGACGAAUGGCGUUGUGGGAGGACAGGGUGGCGGCGGUGUUGCAAGACCGGAUCGACGCGCUGCAGGGUCAAGGGGCGGACAAGGCGGUCAAGUACAGGCGGCUGGUCAGUCUUUGUACGAAGGUCCCGGUCGACAGAGUGGAUGGGAUGCUCGAUGGGCUCGCAGCGGCUAUCGAGUCAGACGGGAACUCUAUCGACUUGAGCAGGAUAAGUAAUUUCAUGAGCAGGAUGAAGCAGGAGCAAGCUGUCUGA